AUGGCAAAAAAAGUUGCUAUCAUAGGUUCAGGUGUAUCAGGACUUGGAGCAGCUUGGUUAUUAACAGAAUAUUCAACAGACUAUAAGGUGACAUUAUACGAAGAGAAUGAUUAUUUAGGAGGACAUACACACACCGUUGACUAUAUAGUUCCAUCAACCAAGAACUGCAAAGAGCCAAUAAUUACACCAGUGGACACUGGUUUCAUUGUAUUUAAUCAUGUGACAUAUCCUAAUUUACUAAAAUUCUUUGAAUUGAAAAAAGUGGAAUGUAUUGACUCAAAAAUGAGUUUUGCAAUUUCCAGAAAUCAAGGUGAAUUUGAAUGGUCAGGACGUACUCCAAUCAGUGUAUUUUGUCAAGCAAAAAAUUUGUUGAGCCUAGAAAUGUGGCAAACUAUUUAUGAUAUUGUUAGAUUUAAUUUUCAUUCAACAGAUUUGUUAGAGUUACCAGAUGAUCAUCCGGACAAAAAAAUGAGUAUAGGUGAAUAUUUGGAUAUUAAUAAAUAUUCCAAGGCUUUCAGAGACAAUUAUCUUUUACCAAUGACAGCAGCAAUCUGGUCUACCCCGCCUGAUAAAUGUUCAUUAGAUUUUCCAGCAUUAACGUUAAUUCAAUUUAUGCAUAAUCAUUGUUUGCUUCAGAUUCUUCAUAGAAUAAAAUGGUUUACUGUGAAAAAUGGAAGUCGCAAGUAUGUUGAAGUGAUAGCAGAAAAAAUCCCUGAUAUACGUUUAUCAACAAAAGUGAUUCAAGUUAAACGAUCAGCAACAUCAAUUAAAAUAAUAGAUGAGAAAUCUAAUUGUGAAGAAUAUGAUCAUGUAAUAUUUGCAACACAUGCAGAUCAAACUUUAAAAAUACUAGGCGAUGAGGCAACUGAUGACGAAGUUGAUGUUUUGGGCGGUGUAAAAUUUAAUAAAAAUAAAGCAGUUUUACAUUGUGAUUUAGAGUUUAUGCCAAAAAGAAGAUUGGCAUUUUCUUCUUGGAAUUAUCUUACCAAAUCCACAGGAAAUUCUAAUAUUAAUGAAGUGUCAUUCAAAGUUCACGGUGAAUGGCAUUAUGAACAUCCACAAUAUUCACCUGAAACAAUCAAAUCCCAACAAAAACUUUACAAAAUACAAAAUCAACCAAACCUACAUACAACUUUUGCAGGAGCAUGGACUAAUUAUGGAUUUCAUGAAGAUGGGUUCACAUCAGGAUUAAAAAUUGCUAAAGAACAUUUUGGUGUUGAGUGCCCAUUUGAAAUUAUUGAUGCAACCUAUAUUAGAGAGCAAUUAUAUUAUAAUAUUAGUCAUGAUAAACUUAAUAAUAAUAAUAUUAAGGAAGAUUAA